AUGGGGAGAACCGGAGGAGGAGAUGAGAAAGACCGAGAUGCAACUCCGACCGUCCUUUUCAAAAUCGACAGAAACCGCGCCUCUGCUACUUUCUGCGUCGGAGUCCCUUUUCUAAUUGGGCCGUAUAGCCCGGCCCAUAGACAGGGCGUAGAAAAGGCAGCGACGACAACGAUUUCCUCUGCCGCUGCCACCUCCGCUCCCUACACGGCCAUCACCUCCUUGAGGGGCGGCUCCGACGGGUUCGCGCGCGCCCUCAAAAUCGAUGGUUGUUACAGUCCUCAAGGACCGAGCCACUACGGCAUCCCCUUGGUCCUCUUCGUCUCCCCACACGACACCGUCGCGGCCGCCGAUCCACUACGGCAUCAACCGGGGCCGCUCGCUUUCCGAGACCAAGGGUUCGAGAAGAAGAAUAAGGGAGGUGAGAACGGGGAGGCGGCGGCCGGCAACCCAGCAGGAGGAGCAGGACGAGGAGGAGAAGGCGGCAAUGAGGAGAAAGACGCCGGCGGUAGCAUUACGGUCGUGUUGAAGGUGGACAUGCAUUGCGAGGGCUGUGCCAAAAAGGUCAUCAAAUCCGUCAAGGGCGUUCAAGGCGUGGAAGGGGUGAAAGCAGACGCCGGGAGCGGGAAGCUGACGGUGAUGGGAAAGCUGGACCCGUGGAAGCUCCGCGAUCGGGUGGAGGCCAAGACCCACAAGAAGGUGGACCUCGUCUCCCCCGCCAACUUUCCCAAAAAAGGCGCCGACGCCAACGAUCCCUCCUCCUCCUCCGCCAAGAAGCCCGCCGCGGUCAAGAAACCCGACGACAAGAAACCCCAGGACAAGCUUGCGGUGACGACGGUGGUGCUGAAGAUUCGUUUGCACUGCGAGGGUUGCAUCCGACGAAUCCGGAAGACCAUCACCAAAAUUAAAGGUGUGGACAGCGUGGUCUUCGACACCCAAAAGGAUCUGGUCACCGUCAAGGGGACGAUGGACGCGAAGCCGCUGCCAGAGGUGCUGAAGGCGAAGCUGAGGCGGGACGUGGAGGUGGUGCAGCCCAAGAAGGACGGCGGCGAGAAGAAGGAUAAGGGCGGCGGAGGCGAGAAGAAGGAGAAGGGUGGUGGUGGUGGCGGCGGCGGAGGAGGAGGUGGCCAGAAGGAGACCAACGCAAAGGCGGCCACGGUGCCGGAGCCUCCGAACGAGAUGGACUACUACGCGGGUUACGGUUACCGCAUCGAGUUGGUGCACGCGCCGCAGCUGUUCAGCGACGAGAACCCCAACUCGUGUUCCGUUAUGUGAGACGGUUUUGCUCGCCAUUGUUCUCUUUUCGUUUUCGUAGUUAAUGAUGAGAUUUGAUGUGGCGAAGGAUAUAACAUGUAUGGCCUUUCUAAUGGUACGAUCUACAUUACCAUACUUUUUCUAUAAA